GAGAUUGCCGAGGACAAGGACAAUUUCAAGAAAUUCUACGAACAGUUCUCGAAGAACAUCAAGCUUGGCAUCCACGAGGAUUCAACAAAUCGCAAGAAAUUGUCGGAAUUCCUUCGUUAUUACACAUCGGCAUCAAACGAAGAGAUGACCUCUUUGAAGGAUUACGUGAGUCGCAUGAAGGAGAACCAGAAGCAGAUUUACUUUAUCACUGGUGAAUCCAAGGAAGCGGUUGCAAGUUCAGCGUUCGUUGAACGCGUGAAGCGGCGUGGUUUCGAGGUGGUUUAUAUGACGGACCCAAUCGAUGAAUACUGUGUACAACAGCUGAAGGAGUAUGAUGGCAAGAAGCUGGUCUCAGUUGAGAAGGUCGCUGUUUCCAAUCGCCUGGUUUCAUCACCGUGCUGCAUCGUGACAUCGGAAUAUGGCUGGUCUGCAAAUAUGGAGCGUAUCAUGAAAGCUCAGGCCCUCCGAGACUCAUCCACUAUGGGAUAUAUGGCUGCAAAAAAACACCUCGAAAUCAACCCAGAUCACUCCGUCAUUAAGGCAUUGCAGGCGCGUGUGGAGGUGGACAAAAACGACAAAACCGUGAAGGACCUUGUUGUGUUGCUUUUUGAAACCGCUCUACUUUCGUCUGGUUUCUCGCUUGAGGAUCCUCAAUUGCAUGCAUCGAGAAUUUACCGAAUGAUCAAAGUAAUAAUUUGCGCAACUUGGAUCUUUUAG